ACCCGUGGAAUUCCCCGAAAAAAUGGCAGUCUCUAGUGUGGAAGCACGAGACAACGCUGCAGACGACAGUGACAACAACCUCUCUCUGGUGACCUCAGCAAACAAGGACUUUGCCUUCCGUCUGUACAAGAAGUUAUCAGAUCAUUCUGACUCUCAAGGCAAAAACAUCUUCUUCUCUCCAGCUAGCAUCUCUGCUGCCUUAGCUGCUCUGUCUGUGGGGGCGCGGGGGGAGACCCACCAGCAGCUAUUCAGUGCUCUGGGCUACAGCAGCUCCCAGCUUGCUCAGACGAAUGUAGACCAGGCCUUCCGUACGCUCCUUGCAAACACAGCAGCUCAUAAUGACCUCACCAAAGGCUCGGCUGUGUUUGUGGACAAACUCUUCAAGCCAAAGCCGGAGUUUCUGGAUGUCCUGAAGCAGUCCUAUUCUGCAGACGGCUUCAGUGUUGACUUCCUCAAUUCUACAGAGGCCGCCAAUACCAUCAAUCAGUAUGUAUCUGAUAAGACUAACGGAAAGAUAAACAAGCUGGUAGAAAACCUGGAUCCAGACACAGUUAUGUACCUUCUCAGCUACAUCGACUACAAAGGAGAAUGGGAAAUUCCGUUCAGGCGUCGCCUUACCAGAGAAGAUGAUUUCAAUGUGGAAGAAAACAAAAAGGUUAGGGUCCAGAUGAUGACAAUGGAAGAAGAUGUUAGUACUUAUAUCGACCAGGAAAUCCACACAUCAGUUCUCCACCUGCCCCUCAAAAACUCCUACUCCAUGCUGCUGCUCUUACCUGACAAUAUGACAAUGCUGGAGAACAAUAUCAGCCCUGCGCAUGUCAAUAAGUGGAUGAAGUCGAUGGAAUUAAGGUUUUGGAAAAUCUUUGUUCCCAAGUUUUCUAUCAAAACCUCCUCCAACUUAAAUGACGUGCUGAAAGGGAUGGGAAUAACAGAUGUGUUUGUGGGUCAGGCGAAUCUGAGUGGCCUUGCAGAGGAAAAGAACCUGACUGUUUCGGAGGUAAGAUGGGAAAAUAUGAAGGAAAGGUCCUUGCUUAUGUUAUCUUAACACAAUCAACUCACUCUGCUUUAAUUGCACC